AUGCAUUUCCUUUUGCCCAGUCCCUCCACCGGGUGGAUAUGCGCCUUACGACUGGGACUCCUCCAGAGCUCAGCGGCAAUAGAAAAACAGGCCGCACGCGAGGCUGCUGCUGAGGCCCAAGCAAAAAAACAAAAACAUAAUAUCACUACCGUGAAAACGGAAGCGCAAACCAAACUUGAAGACUCCCUCACUGCAAAGCAAAAGGAAAAAGCCCAAGAGCCUCCCAAGCCGCCUCCGCCAAUCCGGAUUCGACCACUUUCAGAAGCGAAAGCCAUUGAUUCUGGAGCAACAUUUAUCAGUGAGACAUUUCUGUUUCUGGUUGCUGGUGGUUUGAUCGUAUUCGAAUCGUUCAGAUCACGAAGGAAAGAAUCAUCAAGAAGAGAGGAUGUAGCAGAACGUCUUGCUGAAUUGGAAGAGUCUGAACGGGCAGCACGUCGCGGUCUCGUUGUGCUAGAGCGGGAGGUUAUACAGCUGAAAGCAAAGCUAGAGAAACAGUCGCCGAGAAGCAUAAAGCGCAUUUUACCAAGAGAAGUUUGGGAUGUUGAUGAAGAGGAGGAAGCAAUCGAAGAGCCUGGUUGGACAUCUCGCGUUCUUGGCUACUUUACAUGGCCCAAGAAGGAGAGUGUCAGCAAUACGACAUCUCCAGAGACUGCCAAUUCUCUCAGCCCCAUUAUCUCCUCAUCCGCAUCCAAACCUUUGAAUGGCUCUUCCCAACCUGCUUCCUCUUCGCCACUACCAUCUCAAGCCACCAAAUAA